AUGUGGAACGACGAGGAUAACAACCCGUACGGCACCAGCUUCGAUCGGCGAGAUUCGCAAUCCUCGUCCGUCAAUCCGACGUCUCCGUCCACUCGUGAAUAUCAGCGUUUCGAGCCACCUCAAACACCAACCUCCGGUAGCGAUGACGAGCAUGGUCAGUUCGGUCAUGGCGCAAUUCAUGACGACAGUGACGAUGGUGGAGAUUCGACACAAGACGCUGGCCCAAAGCGCAAGCCUGGCGGCUAUGACAGCCGAAUCGAACAAAUCCUCUACGAGAAUCCCAAACUGUCUAUUCUUAUUACAGAUGCAGGCAAAAGCAUAGAGAGUGGCGGUAGAUACAUUGUUUACACUAUCAAGACUGGCGAUCUUGAGGUGCGCCGCCGAUACUCCGAGUUCGCUUCUCUGCGCGAUGCUCUUACUCGUCUUCAUCCUACUCUUAUUGUCCCGCCGAUCCCCGAGAAGCACACCAUGGCUGAUUAUGCUGCGAACCCAACGAAUGCGAAGCAAGACCAGCAGAUCAUUGAUUUGCGCAAGCGCAUGCUGGCUGUAUUCUUAAACCGCUGUCGUCGGAUGGAAGAGAUUCGAACAGAUGGGGUUUGGUGGCGAUUCCUUGACCCAAAUGCUAGCUGGAGCGAGGUCCUUCAUUCUCAUCCCGUGGCCUCGAUUCCGAAAUCAAUCUUGAAGGCGCCUCCACUGGACCCUGCGAACCCAACUCCUGCGCAUAAUUAUCUACCGAUCCCGGCUGCCUCGGCAAAGCUGAAGACCGUGGCCGGUACCAACCACGACAACAGCUCAGGCCAUAUUCAAGCAGGACCACAUGCCUUUGGACGAUUCCCACCUGAAGGCCAUAAUCUCGGAGAACAGGAGCUGGACCCUUAUUUCAUAUCUUACGAGUCGUCAAUUAAGGAACUUGAGCAACUUCUAACUGGGCCCAUGGAGAAGGUGAAUCGCCGAACCCUCAGCCACCUGUCAUCGUUGGCAGCCGAUCUUUGCGAGCUGGGCUCCGUUUAUAAUGCCUUUGCGGUUUCAGAGCAAGCACCAUCACUCGGGCCUGCUAUUGAGCGUAUAGGCCAGGCAGCUGACCUGUCAUACAUCGCAACGGAGGAACUUUCAGGGUCGCUAGGCGCAAGCUUUGCCGAGCCAAUGCGCGAACAUGCGCAAUUCGCCGGUGUUGUCAGGAGUGUGCUAAAGUACCGCGUGCUUAAACGGGUACAGCAAGAUCUCACCACUGAAGAGCUGAGCAAGAAGAGAGCACUUCUUGAUCAGCUAGAGCAAAGCGAAGCCGAAGCUAGAAGAAUCGAGAACUACCUAUCUAGCAGCCAACAAAUUUCACCGCCGCCAAAGCGAUCGACGAGUCUUAGGGAGCCGCCUUCUCAUCAGCGACGGGAUGGCAGUCAAGAAGACACUGAGUCCAUCGAUUCCGACUUUCCCGGGACGCAUGGUGACUUUUCCUCUCACACCCCGUCGGCCAGCCAAGGAUUGCCCGAAAGGAGUACCAGUGUGCCAUCUCAUAAGAAGAUGCCCAGUGGGAACUCUAUAACGAACAAGAUCUUUGGACCCAUCCGGCAUGCAGUGCAAGGAGUUGUUGACGUCGAUCCGGAGAGGACUCGUCGUGACUUAAUUGGAAAGACAAGAGAGAGUAUCGGUCAACUCGAGCAAGCCCAGGUUGUCUCGGAAAAGGAUGUCAAAGAGGCCAGCGCUAGUGUGCUGAAGGACAUGAAACGGUUCCAAAAGGACAAAGAGGAUGACUUGCGACGAUACAUGCUUGCAUAUGCACAAAGUCAAAUCGAAUGGGCGAAGAAGAGUAAGCAGCAAUGGGAAGAAGCUCGAGCGGAGGUGGAAAAGAUUGAUGAAUCCUAA